AUGAAUGUUUUUCUUGAAGCUAGAGCUCAAGAACGUGUGCCUGGAGGAUUGAUGAUCGCAUUAGGACAAUGUUUGCCCGAUGGUGUGUCCAUGUAUGAGACAUGGUCGACUAUUGUGAAGGACAUCAUCGGUGAGUGUCUUCUGGAUAACGCCAAAUCGGGAGUAACGACAAUUGAGAAGAUCGAGUUGUUCAACUUGCCCAUAUAUUUCCUCAAUUUAGUGAACUGA